AUGGCACGCGCCGUCCGCGUCGGGGCGGCGGGCGGCAGCGCGCCAUAUUCAGCCGCAGUCGCAGCCACCACGGCGACACCGUAUCCAGGACCCACCCGAGGAAUGGUGCCACCGAACCAUGUCGGUGCAGUAUCGCACCUGCCGCGCGCGCCGCCGACUGCCGCAGCGAGUCAUGGUGUGACCCCCGUUCCAAGCGCAGGCAGCUCGAGCGGCACCUCAGCACCGCCGGCGGCGCUACAGCCUGCGAUUACGGCAAAACUCCUGAGCGGACCGGCGCCUUCGACGCUGACGACGACGACGUCAGCGCCGCUCCCUUCUCCGGCCACUAGCGUUGCAGCGCUCAGCGGGUGGCGCCCCCCGCAGUUUGGCCGCAAGGCCGGCCCGACGAACAGCAACCCGCUGAUCGUUAUGAUCUUUGGCUGCCGUGGGUCUGGGAAGACGACUCAGGCUGAGAGCAUUGCCGAGCGUUACCAUUUGCUGCACCUCUCCUCUGGGGACAUGUACAAGGAAGGCAAGCAACCCUUCGCGGAGGUGGAACAGGCCGUGAAGGAUAACUUCGGUCCUGAUGCAAAAGACCGCUCCUAUAACGGCGUCGUUCUGGACCGCUUCGUCGCAACCGGGGAGAUGGAUGCCUACUAUCUGCAAGCGGCACUCAACGUGUGUCAGCUGCCGGUCCCUCUUGUCUUCUGGCUGCAAGUGGACCCCAAGGAAGGCUUGAGGCGCGCCCAGUGCCGCGGCGAUCAAAAGGCCGGAGCGGACCACUGGCGCUACGUUGAGCAGCGUGCACAAGCGGAAAUAGCGGAUCGCGUGUACAAGAAAAUUGGUGUCUUGCACAUCAUCGACUGCAACGCGCUGGAAGCGCGUCGGGUCGGUGACCGUAUUUGCAGCAUCAUUGACGGCCUCUUCCCGAAGCGCAGCCGACACAUUCGCCUCCCGCCUGCCACGCCGCUCCCCGGCUACGACAAGUUCCACCUUUUGGAUGAUUACAGCGAUUUCCAGCAGCUUACCAAAAAGGUGCACGCAGCGAUCGGCAACACGUCUGGCCGCACGGACAGCGCCCCGCUCUCUAGCAUUGGUGGAUACGUCGACGCCGGCUCGUUUGCAAACCGGCAGGAGUGCAAGCGGAUGUCCUCCAUGUACGUGACGUUGAAGGUGGAUGGAGAGCGCUAUCUGAUUGUGAAGCACUCGCACUUCGGCGUACUGGGCUUUCCGUUUGCCUUCACUGGCUGCUACGACUUCAACGUUCUCUUCGAUUCGCUAAUGUUUUCGAACGCGUUCGAAAUGGUCGGCGACAGGCAGGAGGAGACGAACGAGAUUGAGUGGAUGCUCGAUGCCGAGAUGAGCACCACCGCCGGCGAGUCGAACCAGCCUCAGCCGCUGCUACACAUUAUCGACUAUGUGUACUUUGGUGGCAGGCAGGCCAAGCGCACCCCGUUCUUCGAGCGCUACGAGCUCUUGCGGGAGUGGUUCCGGUUGAUGGUACAGAAUAGUGGCGAGGCCGGAGCCUACGCGGCUGUAAUCCUGAAACACUACGUCCCCAUCAACGAGCUGCCGAAGCUGCUCCCUCGCUUCGAGGAUGCGCCGUUCGCGGUGGAUGGCAUUGUCUUUCAGGGCAACACGAUUUACAAGUUUGGCCUAGACAAGUUCCUCUUGAAGUGGAAGCCGCUGCAGCUGUGCACGGCUGACUUUAGACUCAUGAACGGAGAGAAGACUGAGGACGGUGUCACGGUUUUUGACCUCUUCACAACUGAGAAUGAACAGGAGGUCCCCUUUCCAGGGGCCGUUGGGGUCUUCACAGAGAUGCAGAUGCGCGCUUACCACCUGCGCAGCAGCGCGAUCGUGGAACUAGAACUGGCAGACGUUGUCGAAAGAGCGGGUCCCAACGGGCAGCCGGCGACGCAGUGGGUGUUCCACCGUCUGCGUGUCGACAAGCCACGCCCCAACAAGAUGUCUGUUGUCGAAGGCAUCGUGAGGCUGAAGCACCUCACAUACCAGGAGCUGCUCGAUCACUGCAGGGUACUUCGUUUCAGUGGACCCAAUGCCUCGUCGCCCUAG